CAUUUUUCCCUCGAAAAUCAUUUUUGUUUUACAGCUAAUCAAGAAAGUUCAUCAAUAUAAAAACAAGAUCGUGACACAGCAAGCAGAAGUAAUAAAUAGUUUAAAUAAUAUAAAAAAACUCAAGAAUUUAAGCUGUUAAAAAAAUGUUUAAUAAGCUAACAGUAUGCUUGAUUUUUGUAUAUAUUCUGCCAGGACAAAUGCUGGUACCAGAUCAAGUAUUUUUUUGGCCGAUUAAACCUUUUAUAUUUUAUGAAAGCGACGGUAACUUAGAUGGUAUAUUGCCGUUUAUGUACAAACGAUUACAAGAAUUGUGUUGUCCUUCAAUAGAUUUAGUACAAUAUCAUUUAAUUAACAAAACGUUUGAUCAAAAUAAAUUUUAUAAAAGUUUAGAAAAAGAAAAAAAUGCUAAUAAAGAGCUCCAAAAUUAUACAGGAAAAAAUGGAAUAUGGUUUCCCAUUUUAAUUAAAGCAGAUGAAAAUAUAUUGAAAAGUAGAAAUGUUAAACAAGGUUUUUUUAUAUAUUCACCAAAUAUUGGAGUUAUUGUUAAUAAAAACAAAAUUACUGUUUCGCGCAAAAUUUUAGAAGCUAUUAAAAAAAGCCUUCCAAUCGCAUCACAUGCUAUCGGAUUUAUUUUACUUUUCUCGUUACUCGUAUGGUUAGUAGAAUCAUUAAAAAACAACGAUUUUAGCAAGUUCUUCAUUCAGGGAUUCGGUACAAGCUUAUGGUGGUCAUUUGUUACCUUUGCAACUGUUGGGUAUGGUGAUAUUGUACCUAAAUCAUUUUUAGGCCGAGCUUUUUCAGUAUUAUGGAUGAUAACAGGAAUAAUACUUGUUUCUGGAUUGACAGGAAUGUUCAGCUCAAUAAUCACGACAAACUCUUUUUUGAGUAUACAAAACGAAGAGAUAGCAGUAUUGAACAAUUCUAUAGAGUUAGUGAUUGCUCAAAAGAAUUUUAACGUAACUGCUAAAAGAGUUUAUUACACCUACAACGAUGUAUUCAGUGAUGUAAACGAUAAUAAAGUCGACUAUGGAGUUAUUAACAUUGAUGUUUUGUUAAACAUGGAAUAUAAAAAAGAUUACUCUAAUGUUGUUCUUGUACAAUUAUUAGAUGCUUUGUCGCCUAUAGUAAUAGUUUUUGGUAUUGAAACUUAUCUUAUGUCUUUUGCAUAUCCAUCCACCUUGUUACAAAAUGAUGAUGUUUUGAACUGCAUAAGAAAACUAAAUAUAAAAGAAAUACUGAAAAAUAUCCAAGAGAUAUAUGGAAAAAUCCCGAUAAUUGACACUGAAGUCCAACAAAACUUUUCAGAUAUUUGGAACGAAAGUUACAUAAAAAAUCCUGGAAUAGUUGUUUUAACAUUAAUUAGUGUUCUUAUUAUUAAAGAUGUUAUUCAUUUCAUUUACAAGAUGUAUGGACUCCAAAACCACAGAAAAGUUCUCAAAAAAACCGAGAUUGGUAAAAAUGCCGAUGUUUCUUUAAAAAAGUUUUCGAAUUGUAAUAUAAAUGCUGAUACCUUUUUGGCCAACAAAAACGACUUACUUAGAGAGUUGUUAAUAAUCAAAGAGCAUAUAUUUUUAUUAAAUGCAAUCCAUAAAAACGAUUGUCUAGGUUGUUUGAAACAGGACCAUCAAAUUUGUUUGAAACCAAAAUAAAAUGCUCAACUAUUUUUAAAAGUAUAAACAAGACAAAAGAUCGGAUCUGCUCUGUUGUU